AUGGCGAACCAAAAUCCUUAUCAGAUACACGGACAGAAUAAAGGAACGCUCGUGCCAGGACAGUCUAUCGCGGUUGGGCAGUUCAAUGUUCAGGUCGAACGCUAUUUGUCUCAAGGUGGAUUUGCGCAUGUAUAUCUCGUCAGAACGGCGACGCCCGUGUACAACACGACACAUCAUGUCCUGAAGCGUAUAGCAGUUGACAGUGAGGGCAUGCUCACAGAGGUCAAGAAGGAAGUCGAUGUGAUGAGGCUUCUCAAAGGACAUCCCAAUAUUGUUCAUCUUAUAGAUGCAGCAUGGAGCAAAAUGGCGAAUGGCACUUACGAGGUUUUCAUUUUAAUGGAGUAUUGCCCUGGUGGCGGAAUCAUUGACAUGAUGAAUCGUCGUCUCCGGGAACGUCUUACAGAAGCUGAGAUUCUCCAAAUCUUUGCGGAUGUCUGUGAGGGCGUCGCCUUCAUGCACAGCUCACGUCCACCUCUCCUGCAUCGCGAUCUGAAAGUCGAGAACAUCUUGCAAUCAUCUCCUACGUCUUUCAAGCUGUGUGAUUUUGGAUCUGCAACAUACGCCUCCCCUAGGCCACCCUCAACAGCCCAAGAGAUCCGGGCAUUGGAAGCUGAUCUAAACCGACAUACCACACUUCAGUACAGAGCCCCAGAAAUGGUGGACCUCUACCUACGAAGACCCGUUGACGAGAAGAGCGACGUAUGGGCACUCGGGGUUCUUCUCUACAAGCUCUGCUACUAUACCACCCCUUUCGAAGAACACGGACCCCUUGCAAUCCUUAACGUUCAGUACAAGACCCCGCCAUACCCCGUGUACUCUAAUCAGAUGAACGCACUCAUAGCUUCAAUGCUGCGGGAGCAUGGUGUGCACCGACCAACCGUCUUCGAAGUCUUGGACCAAGUACAUCGCCUGCGCGGGACCAAAUCUCAGUUCAAAUACAACAUCCCCUCUCCUCAGCCAUUGUCGCCAAAGCAUGCCUCAUCCAAGAACGCGUCAGGUUUCUCGACUAGCAAGCCACCUCAGCAAAUUUCAACUAGUCCACCAGUGCUAAACGGCACGUCGUCAAGUACCACGUCGUCCAAGAACGCCGGUGUUCAAGCCAGGGAAAUGGUACUGGAGGCCAUUGCUCCCAUGCGACGCGGUAGGCCUGCUGCCAGCAAGGAUGCCAAUGAACCUUCAUCAUCAUCAUCGACCCGACCAGCGAGCCCUCAUAAACCAACAACCUCGACGACAGCAAGGCAGCCUGAGGGAACCAAGCCCUCGAAUAACUGGCUAGAUAGUGGGUUUGAUGCAGAGGAAGAGAAAGCGUGGAAAGCGAUCGCUGCCACCAAAGCUCCCGAACAUCUAAAGCCUAGUGGUGACGAUGCAUGGACAGUCAAGACCUCCGCCAACUCUGAUAAACCCAAGGACCAAGGCUUUGGAGAUGACUUCGGGCAGAAACUCUGGGAUUCGUUUGAUCCUCAGUCAGCCAAGCCAAAGAACACAGAUACAUCGAGCAAUGCUGCGUCGACUUCGCAUUAUCAACCACUUACACCCUCCCGCACUCCUGGCUUGACCCCUUCAGGAGUAGUUAGACCACGAUUGAUACCUUCCAAGUCUAAGGAAAGGGACGCGUUCGAAGGUCUUGGGCUUCAACCAAAUUCCCGGCCUCUACCUACCCUUGGAGAGGCCCGAAAGCUACGAACUGGACUUGCUGUACUGAGUACACAGUCAAAUCGUUCAGAUACCUAUCGACCGCCCUCAUCUCCAAGUACAACACGGAAUACUUAUCUUGCUGCCCAAUCUCAGCCGAUGCGCGGUGCUUCUUCUUCGCCUGCUCGUACCACUCCACAACCUUCUGCCUCACCUGCCGCUUCUCCUAUUCCUCCGCCGAUACAGACGCCUUCUGCGGACCUUCCUGCGGAGUCAAGAUUCCCUUCGCUAGAGGAGCUCGAUGCCUCUUUCGGUACGGGAGCCUCGAGCAAGCAACCGCCUGUUAUCGGGAUCAGAGCUGGUGCUCAGCUAUCUGGAGCGUUGCAAGCUCAAGAGGCUAGGUCGAGUCUGGAUAUCGACGUACCAAAGGCGGAAUCAUUGAAACCCGUUCGCCUACCGUCGUAUAACGGAGGGUCCCGCUCAGCGCAAGUCACAGGUAGUGCAAUGCGCUCGACUCAGAUCACCGGAGAUGGCGCAUCAAGCGCUGACAUUAGACGAGUACUCCGAGCCGAGAAGGAUACAGAAACGCCACAGGAAGCGCAUAAGGGUGCGGCUGCCCCGAAAUCUGCGAAGAUACCUUCUCCGGAGAUAUCUGGUCAACGACCAAAUACCACAACCUCUUUCAACUACACCGGCUCCAAGUUCAAUUCCCACAGACCAUCUCCAUCUGAAGCUCCGGACAAGCCUAUUGCUUCUAAACCAACGAGGUCUACAACAGACUGGUUAACUGGGUCUGACAAUGAGCAGCUUCCGUCCAUAAGCCCGAGAACGCCUUUGCUUCGAGCUUCCCCGAACAAGCGCAGUUCAUACCUAGAAGCAGGUUCUCGUACAACGCAAGUAAAUGAGAUAGCUAGGCGAACCAGCCCGACUCCAUUAUCCUCGUCGAUUGGCGGGUCACCGCCAAAGCCCACUGCUACACGAAGUCGACUACCUUCGCUUACACAGAGCAAGCCUCCUACUCGAUUGACCAACAUAAAUACAACGGGUGCGAAAUAUAACCCAGCGGAAGCGUUAUCUGAUAAUUGGAGUCCCUUACCCUCGUCAAGAAAGGCAACGGAUAACCAGAAGGACCUUGAUGCUCAAUCAAGUCCCGAUGAAGAUGGUCCUGAAGACCCUGCUAGGUUGUCUCGUCCUUCCAAGAUGGUUUCUGGGCCACAGAAGACAAGGCACAAGGCUCGACAGAGCUCUGUGCAUGAUCUUGUUGAUUUAUGGGGCGGUGGCAUCUCGUCUGGCGCGGACGGCAAGGAACACAAGAAGGAUCUGGUUGCUCCACUUUCGAAUCUUGAAACUUCGCGACUUAGCCCCUCCAAGAGAACGUCGGUAAAUUUGAGCUCUCCGGCUGUAACUUCGUUUCCUAGAUCUGCUUCUCCAAAGCCUACUGGUAUUGAUUCGCGUCAGACUAGCCAAGGGACCGACGCGAGUGACGUUGGCAGACCGCAACCUUCCCCAGUGGCCCCCACUCCGUCACCCUCGUCCGGACGCUCACGACCUCAGUCGAUGUUCAUUUUCCCUUCCAGAGCUUCUGACGCACUUGGAUCAGGGCAUCCAUCUGCACCGGCUCUUUCUUCAUCUUUGUCUCCUCCGGUUGACCUUCCGAAACGUCCAACAAGACGGACGUCAAUCUCUGACAUGGUGCAACACUACGAGGCUAUCAACAAGACCGGCCUGGGGCCACCGCCCAUAGCUACGAAACCGCAAGAAUUCAAAGCGCUUCGUCCGUCGAACGUUAGGAAGGUCUCCGCCGAUGUUAUAUCCCUUUCUCAGAGCCAGCGACCGGCACUGCAGCCCAUCUCUCCGACAUCGCCGCCGCAAUCAGAUUCUCCUCGCAAGCCGAUACAACCGUCAAAUCUCUCAGCGCCCCCUAGCGAUGUGACCCCGCGCCGGACAUCACCCACAAUUACGGAAGGUAUUGCCCCAAUAGGGCGCCGACAAGCUGAGAAAGACGAGGCGAAGGCAUUUGACGAGGCUGUUAGCAAGCUCAAGAAGGCUACCGGCAAUGAUGAAGGAAAUCAAUCUCCCCCUGACCAGCCUUACCGAGGAGUCGGGAGACUGAUUGACCAGUGGCAACGCAAGACAGCCGAGGUUGAGGGGACGACUCCUGGUGCUCCUCGACGGGGAGGUUUCGUUGCGAAGCGAGGGACUGCAUUGACGAGUGCUUCCGGUAAAUCGUGA